GUUUUUCGUAAAAGAUAACGAAUGUCUUAUCCACGCGUUUGUUGUAUUUUUUAUUUUAAAGCAGAUAACAAUUUUAACAUCAGAUUCGUGGAUGUGUUGUACUUUGUUAGCCUUUACAACUAAUGUCUUAGGCAAAGUUUCCGUCGGCAGUCUGUAGAUAGAGAUCAACUGUAAAAGUUGUAGAAGUUAUUGGAAUUGUGUUGUCAGUACCUGUGAUUUCGUUAUUUGUUACUCUUAAUCCGUAAUUCGUAAUUGUGCGCAUUUGGCUACUAAAAAUCUACAAAAAUGGCAAAAACUCGAGUUUAUGUUGUUGGUGUUGGAAUGACAAAGUUUGAGAAGCCCGGCCGUCGGGCCGACGUUUGUUACCCAGACAUGGCUAAAGAAGCAGUUACAAAGGCUUUGCAAGAUGCUAAAAUUAACUAUUCAGAGGUACAGCAGGCCACCGUUGGCUACGUAUAUGGUGACUCGACAAGUGGACAACGUGCAUUGUACGAAGUUGGCAUGACUGGUAUUCCAGUCUACAAUGUUAACAAUAAUUGCUCUACAGGAUCAAGCGCAAUAUUUUUAGCAAAACAAAUAAUUGAAUCCGGCAAUGCUGACUGUGUGUUGGCACUUGGUUUUGAAAAAAUGGAACGUGGUUCUCUAUCAGCCAAAUAUUUAGAUCGUGCUAAUCCCAUGGAUCGUCAUGUUGCUGAAAUGAAUAAAUUAGCCGAAAAAACUGCAGGACCUAGGGCAGCGCUUAUAUUUGGAAAUGCAGGCAAGGAACACAUGAAAAAAUAUGGCACGAAACCAGAACAUUUCGGCAAGAUUGCAUGGAAGAAUCACAAACACUCAGUUAAUAAUCCAUAUUCUCAAUUCCGUGAUGAAUACACAUUUGAACAAAUUAUGAAAUCACCACAGAUUGUUGAAGGUAUACUUACCAAAUUGCAAUGUUGUCCAACUUCUGAUGGCUCUGGUGCAGCUAUUUUGGCUUCAGAGCAAUUUGUUCGUCGUCAUGGACUCGAAUCACAAGCCGUAGAGAUCGUUGGAAUGGAAAUGGCUACCGAUCCAGAAUCAACAUUUAGCGAUAAGAGCCUUAUGAAGAUUGCUGGUUAUGAUAUGACACGUCUGGCUGCAUCUCGUCUUUUUGCAAAGACUGGUUUUAAACCACAAGAUGUAAACGUUGUGGAACUGCACGACUGUUUCUCAGCGAAUGAGCUUAUCACUUAUGAAGCGUUAGGCUUAUGCGAAGAAGGUAAAGCAGGCGAAUUCAUUGACCGAGGCGAUAACACUUAUGGUGGAAAAUAUGUGGUCAAUCCCAGUGGCGGUUUGAUAUCAAAAGGACAUCCAUUAGGCGCUACUGGUUUAGCUCAAUGUGCUGAACUAUGUUGGCAAUUACGCGGUUUGGCUGAGAAACGUCAAGUAGCAAAUUGUAAAUUGGCGUUGCAACAUAAUUUGGGAUUAGGAGGAGCUGUUGUAGUCGGAUUGUAUCGUUUGGGAUUCCCUGCUGCAGCUGGAGUUAAAUAUAAUUUGACAACUGCUUCUUUAAAAGUGCCUCAAGCGAAAUUAUAAUUUCAAAUAUAACAAGUUAUUUGUUCUUAUAAAGACAUUGACAUACUUAUAAAUAUAUCACACCUUUCUACUGUACCCACUCGAUAUGGGAAUCGAUAUUAAAGCAAUAAAUAAAUAUGUGUAUACAUUUGUAUGUAAAUUUCGCCUUAUAUACAAACAUAUUAUUUUAAUGGUUUUGUAACGAUUAUUUUACAAUAAAC